UGUCUGACUUGGCCUCGCCAGCAAUUUACUCUUAUUCCGUCAUAAUCGUCAUAAUGGAUAUCACAGACUUCAUUUUCGCUCAGAGAGAAGAGGUUCUCCUUGCUGGAGAUUACAACGCUUACCAUGCGCACGCCUCGCGCAAGUUGCACAAGCUCCGCAAGAAGCUUGGGCAAACCACUCCUAAAGGCCGUAAAUAUACAGCUAAAGCUCCUGUGAGCGCGGAGAAUAUUGGAAGCAAUGUGGCAUACGUACACCUCUUACUCGUCAGCUCAGAAAGAGCAUGGGCUCAAGCAAUGCAUAUGAAGUCUGCGCAUUCGGCCGACCCGUCCGCGAAGGGAAUUGCUGGAUCCACCAGACGCCACAUUAUCACUCGCUUGAACAAGGCCGCUGGGUAUGCGAAGGAGCUUGUUAUUCUGUUGCAGGAUCGAUCCACUUCUGGUGCCACCGACAUUGAUGUCGUUGAAGCACGUGCAUAUCUUGCAUCACUGUCUGGGGCACUUUGGUUGGAGAAACGAAACUGGGAACAAUCUCUAAGAAGUUUUUCAGUUGCCAAAGUGAUAUAUACGACGUUGGGCCAAAAAGCUAAGAAAGAUGCCUUCCGAGAUCUUCUCACCGGCACUGUCGACCCUAGCCUUCGUUACGCGGCAUACCAGAUGAAGCUUCCACGCUCCAAGCCCCUCCCAUCUCUCGCAAUCGCCUAUUUCCCGUCAGAUGCCGAGAUAAGAUCAGAAGUUGAACGAGUCGAACCCGCCUGUCUUGAGGAGGAAAGUGCGGGGACUAGACGUACUGCUGAUGGAGAGGUGCAACAACUCCCAGAAAAUAUCACGUGGAGGUCGCGAACCGUUGCUUUGGAAGAUGCUUCAAUCUCACAAGCUCUUGCUGCUGCGUCUGCUGCGGAAUCUCGUUUGGCGUCGUGGCUUGCGGAAGCCGCAGGACAAUCUGCCUCGGCCAAGGAUAAGGCUGCCGCUUAUGAUAAUGUUAUUAUUGCCAGUCAGGAUGCAGUCGAUGCUACGAAAACCGCCAUUGAUGAUCUUGCUGGUGAGGGUGUGGACUCUGGCGAUAAGAGGAUGCAAGCUUUGCAAAUCACCCGCACAGCCGUGAAUUACGCUCUAGUUGGAUGGAGAGUCGGGCGCAACCGAGUAUUAUGUGGAGAGCAAGAUGGCAUUAGCUUUGAGGCAAGCCAGACAAAGUCCUCACAGGACGAAAAGCCCAGCGUCAAACGCGAGGAGGGUAAUGGGAAAAAGUUGACCCAGCUACGUGAAAGGGUGGUUCUGUACGAUUCAACAUUGCAGAGCAUUGAAUUCAUCCUCGAUCUUCCUGGUGUGGCCGCAGAUUCCGCCUUUGUCCAGGAGCUAGAGGGAAAGCAUUCUUACUUCAGAGCUUUGAGAUCCCUUGCCAUUGGGCGGUCACACGGUCUUCUUGGAAAGUCCAAGCAUGCUCUUGCACUGUUUGCCCAAGCACUAGAACUCAGUUCAGCUUCUUCGACAUCUCCUCAGCCUUCUGCCAACACCCAGGGCCCCUCGAAAUUGGAUGUCUCUCAGGGACAGAUCCAAAACCUGGCAUCAAUUUUGCAGAGCUUGGUUGCACAGUACCGUGGCCUGGUGACCCUAGAGAAAAUCUCCGAAGAUCAGGCGUCCAGAUCCGCUAGUCAGCGUCCAGCUAUUGAGCGGCUUCACGAGUAUUCGGCAGAUGGAUUAGACCUGAAAAACCUCGUCCCUUAUCCACCUCGAAUGCAGGCUAUUCCUGUGAAGCCAUUGUUCCUCGAUGUGGCAUGGAACUACAUUGAGUACCCCCGUGAAGGAGCUGCUCAGCCACAAGCUCAGGCUCCUCCCGAGCCAGCCACUGAAGAAAAGAAGGGCGGCCGACGUGGCUGGUUCGGCUUCGGUCGGUGAGAUAUGAAGUAGCAGUGUUCGAUUCGGUGAAUUGAUAUGGCUUUCCAAUGAGAAUCGAGGUAAUCAAUGACACAUUGCUACCUGGAAUGUGACAGAGGAGGCUGGAUCCAGCUCUGUUUUAUAUCCACCGAGCUGGUUUGAUUUCCGUCCGUCCUAGUCACUGACUGGAUCAGCGUGGAAGACCUGUAAUUAGAGAAAAUCAUGAUUUUGGAACAAAAGAGAUGACAUGAAAUGCUCUUGAUAAAACCACCACCUUAUCUUCAACUUCUUUUGAUCGUAUCCAACAAUGUGGAUUAGUAAUGAACCCAAUUGUUCGCAUGGGCACGUGCAUACAGAC